CCAGGUCCUUCACCUGCAGCUUUCUGUGGAUGCAGAGCAGGUCCUGGUCCUGGGGGAUCCACAAAUAUCCAUAUCUCAUAAUAGACAAGGGUUCUAUAAAUGCGGCCAAACCAGGGAACACACUGAAAAAAUGUUAAUAGCAUCUCCAAAUUCACCAUUAGGAUACCCCAUACAUGGAGUCCAAGUUCUGCCGCUCAGCACAAUUCACCUGCCAGGACUGCAGAUUAUUGCAAAUCUCUCAACAUACAAGGUAACUCUUGAGGCGUCACUGGGAACCAUUGACUUUCUAUUUAAAAUAUCUGGUAAUACUGAGUGCCAGGUUAAUGGCAAAAAAGAAAAGAAAUUGAGUUUCUCUACCAGCAACAUCGCGGUAUUGAAUUCCAUUUUAAGGUCUAUCACUUAUACGAGCAUAGUGUAUAGCAUCGACAGUCUGGAUAUUGUGAAGUUUACGCUAGGUGAACACGUAGCUCAGAUACCAGUUUUAAUCCGGCAGCCACCGAUGCCACGCUUACAUGACCCAGGACCAGAAAGAAAAAUAAGGGACCUAGUCACCAUUACCACCAAGACUUUUCUGCGCUAUGACAAGCUGCGGACAUUGAUAAAGAGCAUACGAAAAUUUUAUCCUGACAUAAAGGUCAUUGUGGCCGAUGACAAUGAUGAGUUUGAAAAGAUUGACGACCCCAACGUAGAACAAUAUAUUAUGCCAUUCGCAAAGGGAUGGUUUGCAGGCCGGAAUCUUGCUGUGUCUCAAGUGACAACCAAGUAUUACCUGUGGGUGGAUGAUGAUUUCUUCUUCACCAGUGAAACAAAGAUUGAAAAGAUGGUGGACGUGCUGGAAGCGACCGAUCUGGAUUUGGUAGGAGGUAACGUUGCAGGAAACCAUUUCUGCUUUACGCUCAUUUUCGAAGAAGGAGGAGAGGAUGGUGAUUGUUUACAUUGGAGGAAAGGAGGUUUCCAUACAAUCCCAGGCUUCCCUAACUGCAUUCUGGGAAGUGGGGUGGUCAACUUCUUUUUGGCCCACACAGACCAAAGUCUAGCUGUUGGAUAUGACCCUAAAUUAAACAGAAUGGCACAUACUGAGUUCUUCAUAGAUGGCUUGGGACGUCUGAGAGUUGCAUCCUGUACUCAUGUAAUUAUUGGACACCAGAAGAAGGAAAAGCCAAAACAUAAGGACUUAAAUUUAAUAAAGUACAAUUCAUUCCGUUAUGAUACUCAAGUAAGGUUUAAGCUCGGCUUACAUUACUUUAAGAAUCGACUGAGUUGUUUUACCAGGAACUAACCUACCAUUGGGAGUCCCAUUCCUUGUAAAUAUCUACUGCACUGUAGUCUACAUGAAGGAAUUAUCCAUUUUUGCUGCUAUUUGACAGCCACUUGUAGUAACCAAGCCAUAUUUCUAUCUUUAAAGGGGUACUCCACCCCU